AUGGCCCAGGAGGUAAACUCGGAUGCUACAGCUACUGAAAGCUCCUUAGAAACAAAGAAUAGAUCAUUAAAACCAUCCUCGAAUCAGGAAGAAGCCCCAAUUGGUAGCUUGCAGCAGUUAAAACCGGACUAUGUGCUGAAGGUUCUCUACCUGGUUGAUCCGAAGACUUUAGAGCCUCAGACUCAGUCUGAUACCAAUCUUCAGAGGCUGGUGAAGACAUUGGAUCUUAAUGGAUUUCAGAUAAGCGUCAGACCGCAUUCUGAUUCCAACCAUCUGCUUGUUUUCAUAAAGCUAAAGGACGAUUUUUUUGAGAAACUAGCAAAGAAGACCAAAGAGGUUGAAGGCUUCUACGGAGUCAAUUCACCUUCUGAUAUUUCCACAGCAGAUAGACUCAGAUUAGUAUACACUAAGUUGACAGGAGAGAAGGUGGAAGGUAACGCAGAGAUUACGCCUGGAGAAGGCAGUUGGAAGUUUGUCGAGGCGUGUGUUCCUGUUGCAAACUACGAAGCUAUCCAAAAAGAAGCUCAAAAGUUGAGAAGCAACUUGCUGUCAUUCUUCAGUGAGCCAUUCUCCUCAAAGCAGUCCGAUUUUCUGUUUCAGAACUUUGGUUCCCCGACUGCUUUUUACUUCCAGCUUAGCAACCUGUACAUAUACUGGCUCACAUUGCUGUCCGUUAUUGGAGUUAUUUGCAAUCGCAUAUAUGGCAGGUACUCCAAGGUGUUUACUGUUCUUAACCUGCUGAGUGGUCUUGGGUUUUACCUGAGCUGGUACUUCAAGGAAAAACAGCUUUCUAUGAAGUGGAAUCUGACCAAUGUGUCGAAAUUGGAGUCGAAGAGCUCAGGCUCUAAAAUUAGGCCACACCAGGUGCUUCUGCGCAAACUUAUGUUCACUCCAAUAGCUGUCGGAGCUGGCUUAACUUUGGUGUUCUAUCAACUGGGUUGUUUUGUCAUAGAGAUUUUGUUGACAGAGAUUUACCAAGGCCCACUCAAACCCUACCUCUCGCUAGUCCCUACCAUCUUGAUUUGCUCCAUUGUCCCUAUAUGCACCGCGGUCUACACAGUGGUGGUCAAUGGCUAUCUCUCGUUCGAAGGGAAUGCUAGCCCAAGUACCAAAAGGAAAUCAUUCUUGAUUAAAAUGUUUGUUUUCAACUUUCUGGCAAGCUACAUGGCACUAAUCAUCACUUCAUUCAUCUACCUACCAUUCGGAUACAAACUCAACGAAUACUUGCCUCACAUAGGUUCCUACGCCGAGAAGGUGUCCAGCUCUAAGUCGUACAUUCCAAAGAUCACGCUGCUGCAAUCCGACUACGAGAUCAACAAGCUGAGACUCAACACGCAGUACACGUAUUAUAUUCUGACCAACCAAAUUGUGGGUCUACUGCUGGAAUUUGUGCUUCCUCAAGUGCUAACCAGGAUCUUUGCACUUCCAGCUUUGAAGUCUCUCAUGGGUCCAGCCAAGCUGUUACCGGUCAAACUCACCGAUCCUCCUCAGGAGAAGGAGUAUCUAGAGAGCAUUCGUAAGAUGGUUGAACUGCCAGAGUUCUCUGCAGACGACGAGUUCAGACAGCUUGUGAUUCAAUUCGGGUUCCUGAUGCUGUUUGGACCAGCCUCGUCACUCGGCCCAGUUAUCUCCUUGGUUAUAGAACUCUUUCAGGACAAGGCUGACUACUUCAAGCUUCUGAACCUCACCAGGGUUCCUCUUCCAGAACGCGUGGAAAAUGCUUUCCCAUGGACUCUUUUCAUCAAAAUUCUGCUGAUUAUCGGCACCAUCACUUCCACUUCCAUUUCUUUGAUGUAUAAUGGAGGUGACAUUGUUGCAUCGACAUCUCGUACUUCAGUGAAAAACAGCUGGUAUCUGAUUCUUCCCUUUAUUGUUAUUGGAGGAAUUCUCGUGCACUCCGUCUCAUUCUUUGGCGAGAUGAUCAUCAACGAGUACUACGUCGAAGCGUCACCAGAAAGUGUCAAGAAAGAAGCAGCUCUGGCUAGACUGAUGGAAAGAGAGGAAGAAGAUAAACCUUCGACUUAUGUCAACAACGUCAAUGAAUUACUCAAGUUUGCCUCGGUUCUUCCGAAGAGAGUCAUUGUGGAGGAUAAAAAGACUAAAUAG